CCCGCGCUGUGUGUUUGGCCCGGCAGCCGCGUCUGGGCCCGGCACGUUCGCCCAUCGCAGCCUCUUCUCAGCACAGACAUGGCCUCGGGCGCUGCUACCACUGCGGUGAAGAUUGGAAUAAUUGGUGGAACAGGCCUGGAUGAUCCAGAAAUUUUAGAAGGAAGAACUGAAAAAUACGUGGAUACUCCAUUUGGCAAGCCAUCUGAUGCCUUAAUUUUGGGGAAGAUAAAAAAUGUUGAUUGUGUCCUCCUUGCAAGACAUGGGAGGCAUCACACCAUCAUGCCUUCAAAAGUCAACUACCAGGCGAACAUCUGGGCUCUGAAGGAGGAGGGCUGUACACAUGUCAUAGUGACAACGGCUUGCGGCUCCUUGAGGGAGGAGAUUCAGCCGGGUGACAUCGUUGUCAUCGAUCAGUUCAUUGACAGGACCACCAUGAGGCCCCAGACCUUCUAUGAUGGAUGUCAUUCCUGUACCAGAGGAGUAUGCCAUAUUCCAUUGGCUGAGCCGUUCUGCCCCAAAACAAGAGAGGUUCUCAUAGAGACUGCUAAGAAGCUAGGACUCCGGUGCCACUCAAAGGGGACAAUAGUCACAAUCGAGGGACCUCGGUUUAGCUCCCGGGCAGAAAGCUUCAUGUUCCGCACCUGGGGGGCAGAUGUUAUCAAUAUGACCACAGUUCCAGAGGUGGUUCUUGCCAAGGAGGCUGGAAUUUGCUAUGCAGGCAUCGCCAUGGCAACAGAUUAUGAUUGCUGGAAGGAGCAUGAGGAAGCAGUUUCAGUAGACCGGGUUUUAAAGACCCUGAAAGAAAAUGCCAACAAAGCCAAAAGUUUACUCCUUACUGCCAUACCUCAGAUAGGAUCCAUGGAAUGGUCAGAAACCCUCCAUAACCUGAAGAAUAUGGCCCAGUUUUCUGUUUUAUUACCAAGACACUAAAAUCGUUUUUUAUUACUGCUCAGAAGAAAAGAAGACUUUACAGUUAUUUUGGAUAUUUUGCUUACCUUGAGGGGAAAACAAAACAAAAACUUGGGAAAGACAUGCAGCUU